AUGUCAGUAAUCAUAUCAUCUGGCUCCAGAGCGGCCGUGCAAUUGCUAGUGGCUAUGGGUUUGAUAAUCAGACCCGCCUCUUCCCUGCCAAGAUGGCAGAGGACCUUGAGAUUGUCUGGCAGAAUCAAUCAAGGUGCUGUUAGUACUGGCCAUGUUGAGAACCACCUAUUCCAUGGAUACGGCAGACAUUUCUACGACACUGGUGGCGGGGAUGGGCUGUACAACCUGACGGACAAUGAGAAGCGCUUGAAUGGCACAUAUCCAAUACCUAGGGACACCACGGUUCUGUACGCGUAUAGAAGGCUGGAGAGCGUGGCGUAUAUGGGUUACAGAUGUCGGCCUUUGGAUGAUGCAUUGCCAUAUUCUUCUGCAUAUAGUGAUGGGCAUGCAGACAGUUUUUGCUUUUGGCAACCAGUCGGCUAUAAGGAGCAAUCGGCACUUGUUUAUGGGGGUUAUCUGAUCCUGACGUAUGGUGGCUCGGCAUACGGGAACACUGUGAUUCAGCCUUCUCAGUGGACAGGAGAAAUUAUAGGAUAUCCCUGA